AAACAAUUUAAAUUUGAAGAAGAUGUCGAUAUAUACGAUGAAGUCGACGAUGACGGCUACAAAUCCGUAUACAACAACAGAAUGAACAGACCAGAUUUCAUCGAAGAUGACGAUGGUUCGGGAUACAUCGACAAUGGAAUGGAAGAUGACUGGGGUGCAUCUGAUACGCGAUAUGACAGCGAGGAGGACACCAAGAAGCGCAAGAAGAAGAGUAAUGCCAAGGUUAGGCAAAAGGAGAGUCUUGGUGCAUACUUUGCGCGCUCACAAUCUAAGCCUACACCUCAACCAUCGAUGAACGCUUACAGGAAAGUAGUAUCAGAAGACAAAGCCGAUAGUUUCAUGCAGGAUCUGUUAUCUGGUUUAGACUCCGAUACUAAAUCAAGUGCGAGUCUCAAGCAACCACCGCGUCGUGAAGCGCUUCCAAAAUCAACUGUGUUCAAUCAGUACAGACCCGAUGAUAGUGACGUGAAUUUCAGUUCUCAGUCUAAUCAACAACUCAGCUCAGACCCUCCAUACUCCUCUGAUAUGGACAGCUACCGCUCAUCUACAAAGACUGGUCAGUUGCGGAGAAAGUUCACGGACAACGCCAACUUGACUGCUUCACCAACAAAGAAAGCACGUAACCAGCCACCAUCAUCUGAUGAUUUCGAUUUCGAACCUUUCGAAGAAGAUAUUAAACCUCCAGUUAACAGAAUUCCAAAUAGUUGGGCAAAGAGAGACGUAAAGAAAGAGCCUAGUCCAUCACCAAUAAUGAAACCCACUGAACCUGCUAAAAUGGAAGUUGACAUCGAGGAGAAGAGCGCUGCUGCACCUAAAGCUUGGAUGUCAGUUUUGGAAAAUAUGGCUCCAUCUCCACCACCUUCACCUAAAGCAGAUGAGGAAUUUAAGAGAGAAGGUUCGGUCACUGAUAGUCCACUGUAUGAUGACGAUGGCUGUGUCCGUUUCUACUGGUUAGAUUACAUGGAAGAUCACGGUCGUGUCGUGUUGUUUGGAAAAGCUUACGAUACAGAAGCCAAAAAAUGGCAAUCAACUAGCGUAACAAUCGAAGGUAUCCAGCGUAACUUAUUUGUCGUGCCGCGUCAAUUUAAGCUUGACGAUGAUGAAAAUGAAACUGGUGAAAUUGUCGAGAAGACUGAUGUAUUCACCGAAAUGGAAUCUAUACGCAAAGCAUCUAAAAUCAAGUCAUGGGCUGCAAAGUUCGUCAAGCGUAGUUAUGCAUUCGAAGAAAAAGACGUUCCUCGUGAAGAAACUGAUUGGUUAAAGGUUCUUUACGGUUUUAAUGAGCCUGCUAUGCCACUUGGUAUGACUGGUAAGACCUUCUCUCACGUAUUUGGUACGCAGACUUCUCCAUUUGAAUUAUUUGUUGUCAAAAGACGUAUAAUGGGACCCUGCUGGCUCAAGUUAGAAGAUGCUUAUGUUACUCAGAAAGGAACUACAUGGUGUAAACACCAAUUCACAGUCACUGAUCCGAAGACAGUACAAUUUUUCAAUGAUUCAGAUGCUGAUGCACCAAAAGAACCACCACCAUUGACUAUCAUGAGUCUUUCAACUAGAAGUAUCGUGAACCAUCAAUUAAAUUGCCGAGAAUUGGUAGCAGCAACAGCUAGAGUAUGGGCUGAUGUCAAUAUCGAAGAUCCAACACCACCUGAACAACAAGCAUCUUCAUCUAUCACGCUCGUCAGGCCUUUGGGUAUGUAUCCACCCGGAUUUGAGAUGAAAGCCCGUCAACAACGUCCAAAGAUUGAACCAAUGAGGAAUGAAAAAGCCGUACUCAGCAAUAUCUUGGCAUCCGUUCAAAGACACGAUCCUGAUGUCUUAGUUGGACAUGACCUCCUCGGCGAAAGUUUAGAAAUAUUGCUCAACAGAAUGAAUGAAAUGAAAAUACCAAAUUGGUCUAAAAUGGGAAGAGUUAGGAGAGACAAGUGGCUCAAAGCCAAGUUUGAUCGUAAUAAGAAGAUCACAACUGGUAGAUUGCUCUGUGAUUUAAGCUCAGAUCAAGGAAAGAGCAUGAUAUCCUCAACAACAUGGUCUAUGACAGAGAUGGUUAAUACACAUCUUGGAACCCAACGCGAGGACAUUGAUCCAGAUGACACAGCAGCUUACUUCGACUCAUAUGCUACAUCUCCAGAUCGUCUCAUCCACUUUGUGAAGCAUUGUGAAGUUGAUGCUGUUUUCAAUAUGGCUUUAGCUGCCAAGGUUCAGAUUUUACCAUUGACAAGACAAUUGACUAAUCUUGCUGGUAAUAGCUGGGGCAGAACACUCACUGGUGGUAGAUCCGAAAGAAACGAGUUCAUUUUGUUACACGAGUUCCAUCGUCAGAAAAUGAUCUGUCCUGACAAGUUGUCAAGGUUCGACAAGAAGGCUGCACAACUGGAAGCAGCUGCUGAGAACGGUGAUGAUGAGGCGACUACCAAAAAGAAAGGUGGCCGUAAAGAUAAAUUCAAAGGUGGUUUGGUCUUCGAACCAAAGAAAGGUCUCUGGGAUAAGUAUAUCCUUGUUAUGGAUUUCAACUCGCUUUAUCCAUCUAUUAUACAAGAAUACAAUAUCGAUUUCACGACAGUCGAGAGACCAGAAGACGACGACAAUGGUGAGGAAAAGAUACCUGAAAUACCCGCGCCUGGAUCAGGUCAAGGUGUUCUUCCUAAGCUUAUUGCUACCCUCGUCAACCGUCGUAAACAAGUCAAGAACUUGAUGAAAGAUAAAAAUGCGACACCAGCGAAACUAAUGCAGUUAGAUAUCCGUCAGAUGGCCCUGAAGCUCACAGCCAACUCUAUGUAUGGUUGUCUUGGUUUCGAAGGCUCGCGUUUCUAUGCACGUCCAUUGGCAGCCUUGACUACAUUCAAGGGUCGUGAGAUUCUUACCCAUACCCGUGAACUAGCAGAAUCCAUGCAACUUGAUGUUGUUUAUGGUGACACAGAUUCCGUCUUUAUCAACUCAAAUGCAUACUCAUAUGAUGAUGCUCUCAAAGUAGCAAACGAAUUCAAAAAGCAUGUCAACGAUAGAUACAAGUUAUUAGAAAUAGAUCUCGAUGGUGUCUUCAAGAGAUUGCUCCUUCUCCAAAAGAAAAAAUAUGCAGCAAUAAAGAUGGCUGAAGGCAAGGAGUCUACGGAGAUCAAAGGUUUGGAUAUGAAGCGUAGAGAAUACUCCCAACUGUCCAAGAACGUCUCUCAAUACGUUCUCGACCAGAUCCUCAGCGGAGAUUCAACAGAAGUCGUUGUAGAACAUAUACACGAUUAUCUUACUGAAAUGGGCGAAAGUAUACGUAAUGGUAAGGUACCACUGGAUGACUACAUUAUCAAUAAGCGUCUUGGUAAAGACCCAGAACAAUAUCCAGAUUCAAAGUCCCAACCGCAUGUACAAGUCGCGAUGCGCAUGAAGUCUAAAGGAGGAACGGCGAAGAGUGGAGAUGUUAUCAGUUACGUUUUCUGUGCAAGUCCCGAUGGCGUGGCUUCUAAGACAGGUAAAGCAGAGAAUGCAUACCACCCGGAAGAUUUGAGACGCAAGGAUAGUAAUUUAUCGCUUGACUACGAGUAUUAUAUUACUUCACAGGUCCUGCCACCAAUAGAGAGACUUUGCGACAAUAUUGAAGGUACCGACCGGUCAAGGUUAGCUGAAUGCUUGGGUCUCGACCCUGCUCGUUUCCAGAACCACUCAGCUGGUAAUUCCAAUGACAAAGAAUUCCAAACAUUAGAAUCACAAAUGUCAGAUAAAGAGAGAUUUAGAAAUGCUGAAAAAUUCUCUAUAAGAUGCCCAGGUUGUACUGAGCAUACCGAAUUCGGCAGUAUGCUUGAUAGCACGAAUAGCGUGCAAACUCGUGGUAUUGUUUGUCAAUCCUGCUCAAACAUACUUCCACCUGGUAGUGUCAACAUCCAGCUCGAAAUGCAAUUGAGACAAUUUAUCGCCAAGUACUACGAUGCUAACUUGGUUUGCAACGAUCAAUCAUGCGGAAAUAAAACACGUAUGAUGAGCGUUUACGGUAAACGCUGUCUCAUGUCAAACUGCCUCGGAGUUAUGAAGCAUGAGUAUGAUGAUCAGAUGUUGUACAACCAAAUGCUGUAUUUUGCAAGAUUAUUUGAUGUAGAAAGGAUCCUAAAGCAGUCUAAUUCUAGUAGUAAUUAUGCUGAGAUUCAAGUCCUCUGCGAAAAGAAUAAACCUCUUCUUCAAGUUCUCCACAACACAGUCUCCAAAUUCCUCGAACGCAACGCCAGAUCUGUCGUAUCACUUACUGAUAUCUUCUCAUUCAUGAAUCUCCAAGGACGCAGAUGGAAAGUAGCCACUUGAGUUUUAGGUAAUACCAAAAUAUAAUGUAUAUUAAUAUUAAGACUUUAUUAUAAACUGCAUAUCAUCGAUCAAACUCCUUUAGCAGCUUCUUUUGCUACUUUGCACAUCUCGCAGUCGAAUACAACAAAAUCUUUCUGUUCGCGUGGUGCAACAAAAAUUGCGAUGAAUUCAGCUGGUUCCGUUUCGGAAGCAUUGCCUGAUUCAACGUGGAGUGCUCCCGGUAAUUCUGACCAGCUUUCAUUGGUUUUGUGGAUUUUGAGAGGAUCAGGUUCAGCUGCACCUGGUUGAUGUACAACACUGCGGAUGCUACCUUGAAGUACAGUUCCUACUACAAAUGCCAUACCGUGGUGAUGUUUUGGUGUUGAUGCACCACCUUCGUAGCCUACUUUGAGUCCCACAAUGACUUUAGUAGAGUCUUCAGGGAGGGGAUAGCUGAAGAGAUUAGUGAAUGUAUGACCAGGAAUGGACAUUUUGAAUGGUGAUAAGUAAACCCCUGGUAUUCUUAAGUAGUCGAUCCCCAAUGAGUCGACUAUUGCAUCACCGAGAUUGAGACCGAGACCGAGUUUUUUUUCAAUUCUAGCAAUAGGAAUCCAUUCAGGGAUACUGUUUGUAGCUUUUAUGAUAAUAGGACGAUAUGUCCAAUCAAACUUCCAUUCUAGUGUAAAUGGAAGCUUUUGUCAGCUCCCGCCAAGGUCUUGUCAUUCUUGGUUCGCGUCUAAUUCAAAAUAAGACAAUUUCUUUUACUCUUACUAUCAUUUUCAAUUGCAAAUUUUCCUAAAUUGACUAGACAGUGGAAAGUCCGCGCAUUUCGCUGCAAUACUAUUUAAAUAGACGAAUAUAGAGUAAAUUCGAAAUGCAUCCCCGUUGUACUGGUAUGAUAAUAUGCCCCAUUACGGUUAAUAUUCCACUAUCACAUGACUUAAAGAACGGUAUUAUUUGAGACAACUUUAUCCGUAUUUGGAAAUUCAGAAGACACACAAUAUGUGAUAAUAUCGCGGAAUCAUGUUAAUAUGCGUAAAUUCCUUUGUCUUUUAUUCCUAUAUUCUCG